AUGACUUCUCAUGAGACUGUUCCUUCCUCAUUAUCGAAUACUCCUAUAACUCUUAUAUCAUCAAUUCAUAGUAGUCAAGAUUGUUUCAAUCCAGUGAUCUUAAUGACAUCGAAUUCAAUACGAUCUGUAUCUUCUAAGCGAUCCACAAAGAAAAAAUGUUCAAUCAAUCUUAGUCAUAAGAUUCGUAGAAGUUUCACUCGAAAGCCAAGACCACCCGUAGAACUUAUUAUGACUGAUAUGAGCUAUCGACUACGUACAACCAAAUUCUUAAAUAUUCGACUUGCUUUAGUCAGUGAUGGAAUGUGUUUGUUUGGCAUGUUGGGUAUUAUUCUCAUGAUUGUUGACAAUGAACUGACCUUUAAUCAAGUCCAUGAUAAUGACACUCGAACUACCUGGAUUAUUAAACCAAUCAUUAGUUUUACUACAAUAAUUCUUCUUGUUCUUAUUUUCUAUUAUCAUUAUUUAGAUCUGAGACUUUAUGCCGUACAAAAUAGUCUUCAAGAUUACCGUGUUGGAUUGACAAAAACUAAAAUAUGUUUAAUUGUGCUUGAACUACUGAUCUGUGCUAUUCAUCCUGUACCUCAUUCAUCUCCUGAAUUAGAAUCGGAGGAAGUAACUUUAGAUUCUUCUGAAUCUUAUUCUUUCUCUUAUACAGCUAUUGAUGUCGGAUUAGGUUUACCAAUGUUUGCACGUUUGUAUUUAUUUGGUCGUUCAAUUGUGUUUCAUUCACAUCUAGUACGUAAUAUAUCAUUACGAUCAAUUAGUUAUCUCAAUCAAGUAUCAAUUAAUUUUUUCUUUCUCAUGAAAAUUUAUCUUCAACAAUGGCCAACACGAUGUUUGAUGACAUGUUGUACAAUUAUCUUUCUUAUAGGAAGUUGGUCUUUACGAGCAUGUAGUUAUAAAUCUAGCGGAGAGCAUCUCGCUAUAUUUGAUGCAAUGUGGUUAUUUAUCAUUACAUUUACCACUGUAGGAUACGGUGAUCUAUAUCCAUCGAGUUAUUGUGGACGAGCAAUCGCGACAAUUAUUGGUUUUAUUGGUCUUUUAUCAUCUGCUCUACUCAUAUCGGUUCUUGCACAAAAACUUCUUCUAACUCGCGAAGAAAAAUAUGUACACACAUUUGUAUCCAAUACAGAAUUGGCGAAAGAACGUCAAUAUCAAGCAGCAAAUAUAGUUAAAUUUGCUAUAAAAGUCUGGUUUUUAAAACGACAAAAUAAAGCACCAUCUAUUCGAUGUAUCCAAAUACAGAAAAAAUUAUUUCAAUCAAUCUAUCAUUUGAAAGAAAUUAAAAAACAACAAAGAAAUUCAACGGAUAAUUGUAUUGAUCUGCAUGAAUUAGUAACGAUACAACAAAAUACAAAUAUGCAAAUUGAGGAAACAGUACAACAUAUGACAGAGAUCAAAUGUGAAAUGAACAAAAUUCAAAUAGAACUAAACAAUAUGAUACUUAAUAUGAAUAAUUUACAAACGACACUAAAUAUCUUAUUGAAUAAAUGA